AUGUCAUACUCUACUUUCCAGCACGAGGACCAGCUGCCACGGCUACCUGUUCCGAGUCUUUUAAGCACCGUUGAGCAGGCGCUUGAUGCGCUCGAGCCGCUUGUUUCUCCAGACGAGUACCAGAACCUCGUGGAGAAGUCGGUGGAGCUGCUCAAUUCGCAAUCUGUCAAAGUGUUCCAGCAAUAUCUUAUCGAGGGGUCCAAGACGAAUCACAGUUAUUUGGACUCUGAAGGAAUUUAUCCCACCACUGCAAAUGUUUAUGGGGACUUGAGAGGCCAUACGCUGCCUCGGAACCCGUUCUUUAUCUUUGAGAAUGACCCGUUGAAAUCGAUGGCUCCGUCACAAGCGUUCAGAGCCUCGAUUUUGGUUACCUCGGCUUUACGAUUCGCAGUGGCAUUGCGUCGAGAGCUGCUAAUGCCAGAUACCGCUCCCAAAAGCAAGACUCCGCUGUCAAUGAGCUCCUAUAAGAAUCUGUUUGGCACCACUAUUGUUCCGUACAAUAACGGUGUUUCGGUGAAAAGAUGCAGUAGCUACCAAGAUAGCAGGCACAUUGUUAUAAUGGCCCGGUCCAAGUUCUACGUUUUGGAGGUCUUAUCGGAGGAUCAUCAGAUCUGGUUCACCAAGCACGAGCUCAAAGACGUGUUCCAGGCGAUCAUGGACGACGUCAAGCUGGAACACAAUUCAGGCACCAACGACGCUAUUGGUGCACUCACCACUGAGCUCAAGUCUACCUGGCGAAACGCGCGCUACUGUCUCGAACGCACCAACAAGGACGCUAUGGACGUGCUGGACAACGCGCUGUUCGUGGUCUGUCUUGAUCACGAGGCCCCGGCUAAUGAUCUGGAGAAAGUCCAGUUUGUCUCGCACGGUACUUCAAAAAUCGACUCCGACGGCCUCCAGGUCGGCACCUGCACCAACAGGUACUACGACAAGCUGAACCUAGUCAUCACAGAAAAUUCUGUGGCUGCGUGUGUGUAUCCUGCUGCUGCUAUGGACGGGACCUCUGUUCUGCGGUUCGUGAGCGAUAUUUAUACGGACUCUGUGCUCCGGCUAGCGCGCAAGAUCAACGGCGCUAACUACACGCUCUGGAGAAACGUCAACACUGUGCCGAUCAACAGCGACCUUGACAAACCAACGUUCCACAAGCUGGAAUUCAGUCUGCCACCAGAACUCAAGUCCGGCCUUCAUUUGGCAGAAACCAGACUCGCAGACAUCAUCCACCAGCACGAAUACGUUUCCAAGACUAUAACCAACAUCGGAAGCAACUUCAUGGUCAACAAGAUGAAUAUUCCGUCAGAUACGGUGAUUCAGUUGGCUAUCCAGAUUACGUACUAUGCCCUGUACGGCCGGGCUAUUUCCACACUGGAGCCCGUGACCACCAGGAAGUUCAGAGACGCCCGAACAGAGCCAAUCUGUGUCCAGAGCUCCAACGUACUGGCGCUGUGUCAAGCGUUCAUUUCACAGACUCCGCAGUCUCGCAAAUGGGCCCUAUUCCUGGACACUGUUGAGGAGCAUGUCGCCAAGAUCAAGAACGCGGCUCAGGGGAAAGGGUUCGAGCGGCAUCUGAGCGCGCUGAGAUCCGCAUAUAUCCAGCACGAGCACCUAUCGAAGCUUAACUCGACUGUCCACAUCGACAGCAACUACGAGAUUCCGCCAUUUUUGUUUGAGCCGGCCUUGGAUCUGCUGUACAAGCCAGAGAUCCUGGCAGCCAACUGCGGCAACCCAGCAUUGCAUCUAUUUGGAGUGACUCCGGCAAUUCCAUCGGGUUUUGGAAUCGGAUACAUCAUCAAAGAAGACUCCGUGUCGAUUGUGGCCUCAUCCCAAUGGAGACAGACCAGCAGGUUCCUGGAAACUUUGGAAAGCGUUCUGGAGGAGAUCAAAGUGCUAUGGAAAACCGAAGGAGUUUUGCCCGACAAGUCUGUUGAUCGGAGCAGAGUUCGUGAGCUGGAAUCAUAUGCUGAGUCUCUUCCGCAAUCCAUGCUCUCCACCAACUAUUCUUUGAAAAGCUCCAACAUCCUAGGAGGAUACGACUAUUUCGACGUGGAAGAGCUGGCAGCACGGUCAGAGCAGGGGACAGCAAGACACAGUCGCGUGCAAACACGGUCAAACAGCGCGCUCAACAUCUCUGAGCAUCUGAAAAGUUCCGGUAAACGGAUCAGUGUCAACGAUGAGCUAUGA